UGCUGACGACGACGACGACAAUCGUUAGCAGCGAUCAGCAGAUAGAGCUUACGGAGCAACUACCAACCGUAAUGGUGGCAGUGUUGGUACGGAACAAAGCGCACACGUUGCCAUACUUUUACUCCUACUUGGAAGAUCUCGACUAUCCAAAAGAUCGGAUGUCGCUUUGGAUACGAUCGGAUCAUAAUGAAGAUCGUAGCAUCGAGAUUACUAAAGCAUGGCUGAAACGAACGUCCGCGCUGUAUCAUAGCGUAGAUUUCAAGUACCGCAGCGAGCCAGGAAAGCGAGAUAGCGAGAAAACCAGCACACACUGGAACGAGGAACGAUUUAGCGAUGUGAUACGGCUAAAGCAGGAAGCACUGCAGACGGCGCGGAAAAUGUGGGCAGACUUUAUAUUCUUUCUCGAUGCCGAUGUCUUCCUCACAAACAGCAACACGCUGCGCAAACUGAUCGAACGCAAGCUCCCGAUCGUCGCCCCCAUGCUCGUGUCCGACGGCCUGUAUUCGAACUUUUGGUGCGGUAUGACACCGGACUAUUACUACCAGCGGACGGAUGAUUAUAAAAAGAUUUUAAACUACGACCAGGUCGGCCAGUGGCCCGUACCGAUGGUACAUACGGCGGUGCUGGUUAGCCUCAACAUAGCCCAAACUCGUCAGCUCGCAUUUGAGCGGAAAAACCUGCCGGCUGGCCGGUACGAUGGUCCGGUGGAUGAUAUCAUCAUCUUUGCCAUGUCGGCAAACUACUCCGGAAUCCCGAUGCACGUGUGCAAUGAGCUGCUGUACGGUUAUAUUAUGGUACCGCUGGAAGCGGGUGAAACCGUACCGGGGAAAGAUUUGGAACAGCUGACCAAUGUGCUGAGCUACAUCGUGAAUGAGUAUGGGGAGGUGAAGCUGAAGCAGGAUUUGGGUCGAUUUGUACCGGAUGUUCCAAAAGAUAAACUUUCACUUUCGCACAUCUACAUGAUCAAUCUGGAGCGUCGUGCGGAGAGGCGUACGAAAAUGAAGCAGCAUUUCGAUUUGCUCGGACUGGACGUGGAACACUUUCCGGCCGUUGAUGGCAAGCAGUUGAGCGAUAAGAAAGUGCACGAUAUGGGUAUACGCUUCCUGCCCGGUUAUGCCGAUCCAUUCCACAAGCGCCCAAUGACGAUGGGUGAAAUCGGAUGCUUUUUAAGUCACUACAACAUCUGGGAACGUAUGGUACGACUUAAUCAGCAGGAGGUACUAGUGCUGGAGGAUGAUAUCCGGUUCGAACCGUUCUUUCGCCGACGGGCUUACGGUGUGCUGGCCGAUGCACGUCGUAUCGGUGGCUGGGAAUUGAUCUACUUCGGUCGGAAACGGUUGCAGGAAGAGGAUGAAAAAUGGAUCGAUGGAUCGGAGUACUUGGUAAAGGCGGGAUAUUCCUACUGGACGCUCGGGUACGUUAUAUCGCUCGAAGGUGCGAAGAAACUGCUACGGGAAAACCCCCUUGGAAAGCUACUACCGGUGGACGAGUAUCUUCCGAUCAUGUUCGACAAUCAUCCGAACGAUAGCUGGUCAAGCCAUUUCCGGGAUCGUACGCUGAGUGCGUGGAGUGCGGCACCAUUGUUGCUGUACCCGACGCACUACACCGGUGAUGAAGGAUACAUUUCCGAUACGGAAGAUUCACUCCGUAUUGAUGGGACGCUACCGACGAUUGGUGCUGGUAGCAAGGGUGGCUCCGGGAUGGUUAAUAACGAUACACGCGAUGGUGCACAAGUACCAGCAAGCGAACCAAAGAAAGGUGACAAGGAACAGUUGCCAAAUUCACCGACCUUAUUGGCCGAUUCGGGGAUCGGUCAGGGUGAGCAUGAUCUAGAGACGAAGAAUAGACGCAGUGAGCUAUAGCAAACUAGAAA